CUCCUCCUGUCGCAUAUUGAUCCAGCUAGCCAACUAGCUAUUGUGUCAGAAUGGUGUCUGUCGUGAGUAAAUGUGUGUUGGUUGUUUCUGGCUGAAGGUAUUUGGCAUUUGGCGGCUUUAAUGUUCCGUGCAGCUAAUCUAAAAACCAUCGGUAAAGCGGGAACGGGCUGGCACUUUCGCCGGACGAUGGACGAGUUGGUCCAUGACCUGGUGUCAGCACUGGAGGAGAGCUCAGAGCAGGCGGCGCGUGGUGGCUUUGGGGAUGGAGGAGACCAUGCUCUGGCUGUGGGCUGUCUGCUGAAGAGGCAGGCUCGAAAGCGGCGGGGCCGAAAGCGGCGCUCCGACAACCCCCACCCACCCUGGGAGACGGGCCACCUCAGUGAGGGCUCAGAGUCCAGUGUAGAUGAACACAAGGACUACCGUGCCAGCACAGGGAGUGUCUCUGCUGCGAACAGCCAUGCCCGCGACAACAGCGACUCAGACGAACAGCUGGGCCCCAAACGGCGCACCCCCCUCACAGCUGACAUGGGCCGAAGUAAGCGUCCACUCUGGCAGGAUGACCUGGGAGUCCUGGGCUCCGCGGAGGGCACCCGUAGCCUGAGGCGGCGGCGUAAAGUCAAACGCAUGGCUGUAGACCCACCUCUGGAGUCGGGUACCCCUUCUACAGCCAUACUAGGACCCCCGCCUGUUCCUAAGGGCCACGCUGGGGCCAGGCUCCCUGGGGUGGGUGCCGCUGAGGGAAGGGGUGCAAUGGAGCUCUGUGGAGGCGGGGUGGCAGGGCCAGGGGGAGGGAAGAGCAGGGUGAAGAAGAGGAAACUGGCCGCCCACAGGCUGGGAGCCGAGGCUGCAGAUGAAGGGGUGGUAGUGGAGAGCGAGGAUCCCAUCUCUGCACCGAUGGAUGGAUCCAAGGACAAGAUGGAGUUGGAAGAGCAGAAGGGCUCAGAUGAGGACAUGAGUGACAGGUGUGAGACCAGCAGUGUGAGUAACAGCAGUGAUGGAGGCCUCUACACCAAUGAUGAAGGGAGGCAAGGUGAUGAUGAGCAGAGUGACUGGUUCUAUGAGGGGGAGCCAGGCUCCGGUUCAGGAUCAGGGGGGGCGUGUGGGGUUGCCGGAGUGGUUCCCUGGUGGGAACGAGAGACAGGGUCGGAGGAACUGGACCUGGUGGACCCCGUCUUCAACAGCAUCCUCACCGGAUCCUUCCCCCUCAUGAGCCCUGGAGCACAGAGAGGCUUCCAGGCCAGACUGAGUCGUCUCCAUGGAAACCAGCAGACCUCCGAGGGGGGCCUGCAGGGGGGCUCUGGCCAGGGCUUCAAUGACAGACUAGGGCGACAAGCCCAAGACUCCCAUGAGCCGUGGUUUAGCCCAGGCUCGAGGAGAGAACACGGACAGCUGCAUUGGGACUCGCGGACAGACAGAGGACAUAGGAGAAGCUGUUCCGUAAAAACGGCCAGCAGACAGACCAGCGGUCACCUAGGCUCUCUAUGUACCGGGGAUGUCAAGCGGAGGCGUAAAGCAGCCCCCCUCGGCUGCACCGCCCCCUCAGGAGUGGUCGGGGAGAAUGCGGCUCCUAUCCCAGAGACGAACAUGGGGAACCGCAUGUUACAGAGCAUGGGCUGGAGCCCAGGGAUGGGCCUUGGUCCAGAGGGCAGGGGGAUCACCGAGCCCAUCCGGGCCACACAGAGACCCAAGGGCACAGGUUUAGGGUUCAACUGAGCCGCAGGUUUGUGGAUCCUGAACCUGAGGCAGGCUUGGACUGGACCACCCAAAAGCUAUCAAGAGGAUGGACUCAAAGUGUUGCUUAGGGUGAUGAACAGUGAAAAGGGGUCCAGAGUAACCCUGCCACGUGAGUCGUGAAAAGAGAACAAUUGAGACUUAUCUGCAGAAAAAAUGAGUCUUAGGAAUGGAGACUGUUGAGAGACGAACUUCCCCAUAUUGGGGAAAUGACAGGAAGACAAGGAUGUCUAUACAGUCUACGCACACAGAAGGAGAGAAUGAAACACGAGCAUGACUGAAUGAGACUGAACUGGCAGAAAAGACCCCCUGCAAACAUUCUCCAAGGCAAGAAAUGAAUGACAUUCACGCCUCAUUGUUAGUGUGUUAAAUUGGCGGCCCGCCUCAGAUCUUUUACCUCAGACGGCAGUGUGACAGGCCAGAGACAUAGGGUAUGUUUCUUUUCAGUAAGUAGCAUUGGUUAGAAACCUAAAGAUAAAUGGCUUUGUCUGAUAUUGCACAGGAAUUUUGGAAAUGAAAUCAAAGACUGUUCAAGUUGGCCAUACCUCAAGGUUCAGUUCUAGGUCCUUUUAAAAACUGUUAACCUGUAUAAUGAAAAUGCAGUGAAGUUAGGCUAUAAUGUAGUGACUGUAAGGAUGUGUGCUGGGAUAGAUGGAUUUUUUUUUUCCCAUCAUUUUUUAAGAGGAAAAAGUAGUGUCGGUAACACUGCAGAAUGUUUUAAUGUGCCCAAAGAAGAAAACAAAUUCAAAACCACAUUUCCCUUUCAUUUAGCACCACUGUGUAUGCAUGUGCAGCUGUGGCUAUAGCAGGAUUCCGCUGAUGUUUACUGUAAACAAAUGUUUGAGCACGUGAGCUGCAGUCUUGCUAACGUUUUGCUUUACUGGUAUUGUUUAGGGAUGAUUUUUAUCCUCCUGACAACUGUUUUAACUGCAGACCACAGUGUACUGUACACAAUAGCUCAUGCUCAGUGAUUUUAUACAUGUGACUAAUCCCACGUUAAAGGUAUUACAGGGUUCCCCCUGCAGGUCUGGAAGGUAAAAUAGCCAAUUUCCACAUCUUAAGAAUUUGUAUUUGCACAAAAAAAAAUACAACUAGAAAAUUUGUUGAAAUAAUGCUAUCCCACAACAGCUGCAUAUUGGACCUCACUGGAGACCCCACAUUCAGUUAUAUGAGAAAAUUGUGUUGUGUCUUAAUCUAUAGGAUAUGUGGCUUAGUUAGCAUACUACCCUCCAACCAUCAGCAUACUGUACUGAAUAGGGUUUGAAAAAAGAUCAUUGAAAAAUCAUUAAAAAAAAAAAAAAAUUAUUAACUUCUCACAAAUGUUCUGGUUGUAUGGUCUGACUGCUGCCCAAAAACAUUGUUUCCUGUUGGUGGAACUGCUGUCAAACUUUUUUUUUUCUUUUUUUUUUUUUAAAUAUAAUAUGUGGUCACUUAACACACUGUAAUAGGACUGCAAAAUGGAGUCUGUUGAGAUACAGUGUAUUCCUUUGACUUUAUGGACAGUGUGAAGCAGAUGUGAGUUGUGUGCCAGCGACACAGCAGCAGGUCAGACAUCAGCCUCCCCACACACACACACACACACACACACACACUCACAGGUUUGUGUAACACGGUUCGAUCAAAGUGUAACAGCGGGAAAGACAUGACAUCCAUCGAUUAAAUCCGAACUGGAACCAGAA